GCUGUAAUCCAAAAGUUAAAAACAACAAGGCUGAGCUUCCUCGCAUCAUCGCAGCCGAACUUGGUCACAGUGAUUGUGUGAAGGAGCUGAGACGCGCUGAGCGUCAAUACGGCAAAAAAGUCAAGCAGGCUGAUCCACCUUUGCUGCACCUCUACGACUGGACCCAGGUCCAUUUAGCUGAACUGACAAAUCGCUUCUCAGGGCUAGCCGUCCGGCUCGCUGAAGAGGCGGCAAUUGAAGCAGAGUCUCUGGAGUUGACAUCACUCAAUCAGGUCAGUGACUUGACAUUGCAGGAAGCCGAGCAACCUACAGCAGAUGCAUCUGAAGCUAGGCGCAGUCGAGAGUCUAGCACCAACGUCAGUCUAGUGCGAUCG